AGUGCUGGCGUUGGCGCCUGAAGGAGGUAAAUACCUAUAUUGUGCUGUUGAUUCCCCAUUCUCCUACUCUCCUAUCGAAUCGGUACCGAAACACGCAACAUGGCUUUAGCAGAAGCACCAAGAGGCCCUUACAGGCUGGUCACAGUAAACACGGCGCCGGAUCGAGCGAAGCGGCUGAUUGGGCGCCUUGUGGAUGCAUUGAAGGACAAAUACGAGAUCAAACAUGUUGCCAAUUGUGAAAGAGUGGAUGAGGUUGAGAGAGCUGUGACGGACCAACAGCCAGAACUCCUCUUCUGCGCAUCGAUGUGGACAUCUGAAGAAGCGGCUGAGAUUCAGACUAUCGCCAAGAACGUCAAACCAGACGUAGCGACCUAUGCCAUACCGUAUGGUAUGCAAGUGCAAGAGGGCCCGGAUCGAGUUGUUGAGCAUUUGACGUGUAUGGUUCCUCAAGUGCUGGAAUUGCACUUUGGGGUCUCAAAGGGAUGACUGAAUCACCCUACGAGCGGAACAAGCUUGAAAGAUGAGGAUUGUAGGCCGGGAACAUAGGCACAAUGGAGAUGUUAAAAGGCUGUUCUGGCAAAAGAAACCCUGGGGAACACGCUACGCCCCGACCAGCGGAGACUCCAUGCGGCAGGUCAAGAGAGCAAGUCAACGAAGUUAUGCACAGUCGGGCCGACGCUGGCCAAGCAGGUCCACGCAUAGAGAGAGGACAUUUCUGAUAGCAGCUAAGCAUCAGAAUCCAGCGACUCGGUGGUCGCUCAUCC